AUGCGUUUAAACUUGGUUGGGUUUAUAGUGGAUUGCUACCUUCAGCUUUCUAAUACAUAUUCGUUUGCAUCCACUCGGUUUGCGCCGAGCCUCGCUGACACCACCCCUGCACCCUACUGCGGUGCACUGUGGGUCCAAAUCCCGCUGCGCGGAUCCGAUUCUCUCCUUCUCGGCGUGGUCUACCGUAGCCCUUCGAGUCCCCCUGAAGAUGACCAAUUCCUCACACAAACACUUGAGCAACUCUCCUCCUCUACCGUUGUAACGCAUUUGAAACUCGAAUUCAGAAUUCUGACUAGCACACUAGUACGGGCGCAACGACCAAAUAAAUGCAUUAAAAAUCUAGCUUACGCCAGAUCAAAUAGAUACCGAUGUAUGUUACAUAGAGGAAACAAGAGUUCAAGGCUGGUGUCUCUGAAGGAAUCGCUCGGAAAAAUGAUAAUCAUAAUCAUUAUCAGCUGUAAGGACCGAUUGUCCUCGCUGACACCACCCCUGCACCCUUCUGCGAUGCACUGUGGGUCCAAAUCCCGCUGCGCGGGUGAACGACAGCCACUGACCGACAAGAACAAAACCGACCCGGGAGACUUGGGCAAAAGCCUCGAUCCUGUGUAUCAAUCCGUGAAUCCGUGA